AGGCUCAAGGCGUUGCCCUGAAGUGAGCUGUAGGCACGUUUGAGCAGUGCUUUUUGGAGCCGCUCAUGACUGUGGUAAAAGUUCAGUGUGAGAAUGGGGACAUUUUUCGACUGACGCUUGAAGAAGAGGCCAGCUUUGAGGCAAUCCUUCAGCUGGUGGCAAAUGGCUGUCACGUGGAGCCAUCGCUGCUGAGCAAGGGUUUGAAAUACGUGGAUGACGAAGGAGAUGAUUGCACUUUGGCUCCAGCAACUUUCACAGACUUCCUGGGACAGACAAAUGGAGAGUUGUUGAAGUUGAAGCUAAGGCUACCAAAGAGUAGCAAUGAUGUGAAUGAGCAUGCGUCUUAUGCCAUGUCGCAGCCUGGCGUCGGGACUGUUGAAGUGGACCUUCGCACAGAGAGAGAUGGGUCUCAGCAGUUCCAGCCCCCAGGGGGCCCACCCACGGGGCCCCUUAUGGGCCUCAUGGGCCCCCCUGGCCUUGAGAAGGAUGUGGAUAUGUCCGGUCCUGGGGGCCCAGGUGGUGGUCCACGAAGACUCCUAGCGGCAUUGCAUAUGCUCCGUGCAGCCGGGAUGCUGACGCCAGCGAUGUUUGCCUCGUUGACGGUGCAGUGGCUUCCGCUGGUGACGCAGCGUGUGGCCCGAAAGGUCGACAAGAUUAACCAUAUGGCUCGACAGGGUUUGGACCAGGCAUGUGUCAAGAUGUUGGAGAAGAUUCAGGAGCAAGCUGAAAGUACCCCGGGCUUAGAGCAACAUGCAGCUCCACUUGCCAAUGCUAUAAGUGGCAAUCGGCGACUAGGCGAAUCCAUACUCGAACUUCUGAAAUCCUUUCGUGGCCUUAGCUUUGAAGUUCAGACUCAAUUUUGUGAAAGUCUCGCUUCUGCUUUGGUGCCGUACUUGGAACAUCUCACCAGUAAGUGGUUUGGUGAGGACUGUGGUUUCUUUGCUUGCUGCGCGUCAGAGCAGCAUCAUGCAGGCACCACUUGUGCUGGGUGCGGGGGGGCUCCAAUUGUCGGCCCACGCUUCAAGUGUCCAGUUUGUCCCACUUAUGACCUGUGUGGGAAUUGUUACCCAAAGAAGUACCAGCUUCAUGGAAAUUGUCCUGGUUGCUCGCAAGACUUUCAGUGCAUAAUUUUUCCAGGAAAGCUAGAGCAUUGCUCCAAGGGCAGAGGAAGGGACAAAGCUAAAGAUGCAAAAACUAGUGAGUACCUAGGUGGGUGGGGCAAAGGUGGCUGGAUGGACGCCGGCCCCAUGGGCUUCCCUAACUUUCCAUUCCACGGCUUCCAUGGUUGGCCAAUGCCCUUUAUGGAGGUUGGCUCCUUGGGCACUGAGGAGGGACAGGAUUCCAACAGUUGUGGCUGGCCAAAAGGGAAAGGAAAGUGCAAGAAGGGCAAACACAAGCGGAAAAGUUGGUACGAUUGGCACCCUCAGCCCUGGGGAGAGCAAGUGGAGGACUCUGACGACUUUGAAGCGAAAGUGGCCAAUUUGCUUGAGCUCCAGCUUGGCAGUGAAGAGGUCAUCCGAGAGCUUUUGAUUUCACAUGAUGGGGAUUUGACACAAGUAGUUAGAGUACUCACCUCUUGAACAGCCGAGAUGCAAAACA